AUGGUUAUACGUUCCGGUGUUCAUUCCAUUUAUUCAGAAACAAAAUAUGCCACUGCGGCAAACAAUCCUUGUCCCUCAAGUGCGGCCUAUAUUACUGAAUUCGACUCUUGCUAUGUGUUCAUUGACGAUGCUGCCAAUUUCCAAGCAGCUGAAAGAGCGUGCAAUGCUACGCAAGGACAUCUAGUAUCAAUGCACAAUGCAUUUGAAAAUGGUCUAUUAGCCGAAUAUGCAGAUCAAGAUAUGCGUAGCUCUCGAGCAUGGAUUGGCCUUCAUAGAGGUGACGAUGGAAAUUGGAUUUGGACAGACAAUACUACGGCCUCUUAUUUCAAAUGGGGCUCUGGUGAGCCGAAAUCCAAAGACUGUGUCUAUUUGGAUAUUCUUGAUCGAUCCUGGUACACCCAAGAUUGUUCGACAAUCACCCCAUAUAUCUGUCGGUUAUUACCUUGUAAACCAGGAUGGGUCUACUACAAUGUGACCGAAAUGUGUUAUUACCAUGGACAAAACUCAUCCUUCCAACAAGCCCUCGGUUUUUGUGGUUCUUAUUCAGGCUCAGUCACUUCCGUGCACAGUGAUCAAGAAAAUGCCUUCAUUAAAAGUCUUGUUUGGACUCCUGAAUGUAAAAAAGUCGGCAAUUGGUAUGCUGGCUUGACAAUGCUUGGGGGAACCUGGGAUCAAGCAAGUAUGAUGAAUGCUUUCCCACCAUCGUGCAAUGGCUGUGGGGAUGGAGUGUGGACGAUGUAUGGAUUUGAUCGGAUCAACGAGAAACUCCCCGAUUUCGUUUGCAAAGCGCCACCUUAUGUCAUUGAU